AUGUAUGCGACCAUUGAACCUCGUCUGAUCGCUCGAUUCAACAACGACGAAACAGCUCAGCGCUUCGAUGACUCCCCCUCGACCUCUCUCGAACUUCCCCCUUUGCAAGACCCCAAUAUCCUGAAAGCGAACGGGCGUCCUUUGCUACUAGAGCCCGAUGCAAGUACUCUCAAUGGCAACGGUAAGCCAGCUUCAAAUUCAGGCUCCAGCGCUCAGCGAAACUCGUCCUUGACAAACCUCAUCGACGAUGGAGAAAAUGCACAUAGUGAGGGUGGUCAGGGGAGCCAGAAGACUGAGAGACGCACAACAGACCGGGCGCUGGGAAUCUCGUCACCGCAGUCCUUGCGCAAGAUACUGGGCGAGGAUGUUAGUGUCUCCACUGGAGUUAUAUCCAAAAAACGCUCUCUGGGUGAUAACAAGGACGAUUUUGUCCAACUGCCCCAGCCCCCAAAGAAGCAAAAGGCUGUUCAGCAGGUUCCACCAAUUAUCAUUGGAUUAUUUCAACCUCCGCCACAAGCUGCUCUCUUUCCGCCCAUCGCCUCUAGUUCUUUUCAUGACAGACAUGGCCGAAAUACCCUGAAUACUACCAAUGACCUUCCGAAUGUGAAAGAGGUGGAAGAAGCCCCCAAAAAUGUUCCUCUACAAGAUCCAGAAGAAAAGAUCGAAGGGGGCCAGGAAAACAAGGGGAAAAAGGUUGUUCGUACAAGAAAAAAAUGGACCGAGGAAGAAACAAGUGCCUUACUUUUAGGUGUCAACAAGCAUGGAAUUGGGUGUUGGACUGAUAUUCUCGAAGACGCGAGCUUUCCAUUCAACAACCGAUCUGCAGCCGAUUUGAAGGAUCGAUUCAGGACCUGCUGUCCAGCUGAGCUACGUGGGGAUAAGCCCUUAACCAAAUUUCAAGGUGACAAGGGCAAAGGUAGUGCUCCUGUAAAAUCCAAAACCGGUCUUUUAUCGGAAAACAUCCUCAUAAAUGAAGAAGAUUUGGUAUCCAGCGUCCCUUCUGGAGAUAAUUCCAAAUCCAAGAAGUCACGAACCCAUAGAAAGAAAGUAGAAGAUCUUGUUCAAUUGGGUAUCGAGGGGCCCUUUCGUAAAUCUCACCGACGAGAGAGGACUAAGUUUUCUGAGGAAGACGACCGUGAGAUCCUGCAAGGCUAUCAAAUUCAUGGCCCAGCGUGGUCACGGAUACAGAGAGAUCCUCAAUUUCAUUUGCAAAAUCGGAAACCAACUGACCUACGAGACCGCUUCAGGAAUAAGUAUCCUGAGAAAUUCAAAUCUGAAGAAAAGGGUGACCCUGGAAAGAUUUCUGGGAAGAAACCAAGUUUGGGCGCGGAAAUUGGAACGACAGUUGAUGGUCACGCAUCAUUACCGUUACCCGAUCGAAAGGGCAAGGAUAUUUCAGACCCCAAAUCAUCAUCUGUCGGUGUAUCUCAAGUGCAGCAACCGUCCUUCCUCUCAAGCAAGAUGAUGCCAGAAUUGAGAGACCUUGACUCACUUGUGGGAAACUUUGGUUCUAAAACCCAACCCUCUUCAUCAAAUCCUUCCUCAAAUCGCGAAGGUUCCUGAGAAAUUCAAAUCUGAAGAAAAGGGUGACCCUGGAAAGAUUUCUGGGAAGAAACCAAGUUUGGGCGCGGAAAUUGGAACGACAGUUGAUGGUCACGCAUCAUUACCGUUACCCGAUCGAAAGGGCAAGGAUAUUUCAGACCCCAAAUCAUCAUCUGUCGGUGUAUCUCAAGUGCAGCAACCGUCCUUCCUCUCAAGCAAGAUGAUGCCAGAAUUGAGAGACCUUGACUCACUUGUGGGAAACUUUGGUUCUAAAACCCAACCCUCUUCAUCAAAUCCUUCCUCAAAUCGCGAAGGUUUGCGAAUUGAAGAAAUCCUUUCAUCAGAUCGAGGCGGUUCCAAAAGUAUAUCUUUUCAACCCCAGACCUCUUUAUUUGGAUUUAAAGAUAAUUUUACUCCUUUCAUUGAGGCGCCUAUUACCGAAACGACGGAAACAAACGAUAACUUACCCUUCACUCAGUCUUUCGAUUGGGGUGGAUCCAUGGCAGCUCCCUUUCCUGGAAGCAUGGGAGAGAUGGAUAUUUCCCGAAUUCUACUUGACGAAGAUUGGAUCAACAAUUCCUCCCUGUCAAAUACCAAGGAAAAGUCCAGUGUCACGGAUCUAAAUCAUAUCAUCUCUUCCCAAGGCGACCCUCCUAGCGGCUCAUCAUAUUUCAAUUUGAUUUGUGAUCCAGAGGAGCAGAUAGUGGAUUUGCAGGAUUCUACUUUCGCCUAA